AUGGCUUUUGACAAAGACAGAGUUGUUGGUCAAGGAGGUCUUGGAACUGUUUAAGGAUAUCUGAAAGAUAAUUGUAUCGUUGAUAAAAAAUGCAAGUUAAUUGAUCGCAAUCAAAUUGAACAAUUCAUAAAUGAAGUCCUUGUCCUUUCCCAAAUCAACCAUAGAAAUGUGGUUAAGCUCUUAGGUUGUUUCCUUGAGAUGGGAGUUCCACUAUUGGUGUAUGAAUUUAUCAACAAUGGAGCACUUUCUGAACACUUACAUAAUAAAUUAAAGGCGUCAACUCUUUCUUUGGUUAUUCAUCUGAAAGUUGCUGCAGAAACUGCUGGAUUACUUUCCUACUUACACUCAGCAGCUUACCCUCCUAUCAUUCAUAGAGAUAUUAAGUCAGUCAACAGGAUCCCUAACGAUGGCUCAAUUCUUCUAGACAAAAGCUACACAACCAAAGUGUCUGAUUUCGGAGCAUCCAGGUUGGUUCCUGCUGAUCAAACCGAGAUAUCUAUAUUAGUUCAAGGAACUCUAGGAUAUUUAGAUCCUGAAUACUUGCAAACAAGUCAACUCACAGAAAAAAAUGAUGUAUACAGUUUUGGAGUAGUGCUUGGAGAGCUACUAACCGGGGAUGAUCGACCUACAAUGAAGGAAGUUGCAGCAGAAGUGGAAGCUGGAUCGAGAUUGAAGCACUCGUGGGCUCAAACUGAUCAACAUUCAGAGGAGAUAGAGUCCUUAUUGCAGGACACUCAACCGUUGGGAUUUGGAUACGAAUAUAGUGAACACUGUGUCCAUAUUGAUAGUAUAACGAGCCACAUAACUUUACCAUUUCCUGGAGGAAGGUGA